GGAUAUGAUAUAAUCCAAACGCGCUGUUUUCAUUCUGUUUUCGCGUUCGCAAUGUCGUCUAAUAAAUUUCCUUACGACAUUCGUCCUAUAGAAGAGUCAGAGCAGCAAAUAUUAAGUAAACAUUUCCAUGAGAGAUACAAGUACAUUCAAAUUGGCCCGAAGAAUUAUUUUAUGAUAAGCAAUUACGGAAAUGAUGCUGCAAACAUUUACAACAUGCCUCUUAGACCCGACGACAUAUUUGUCGCCAGUUUCCCUAGAUCAGGCACUACGUGGACUCAAGAAUUAGUAUGGCUUUUGGCGUCCGAUUUGGAUUACUCCAAAGCGGCUCAAAUUCCACUUCAGGCCAGAUACAUAUUCUUGGAAUUUUCCAUGUUCCUAAGCAAAGAAUUGUUGGAAGAUGUGAAAAAGGAGAAUGUAGGCAAAGAGGAACAAUUAGAAAUAUUAGAUUAUUUGGCCAUUCCUGGAUCACAACUGGCCGCUCAGUCUCCGUCACCGCGGUUCCUAAAAACACACUUGCCUAUGUCUCUGCUGCCGCCGAAUUUACUCGACUCAACUAAAGUUGUGUACGUGGCUCGCGAUCCCAGAGAUGUCGCCGUGUCGUUUUAUUUUCUCAACAGGUUAUACAAAUUAACCAAUUACAUUGGUGAUUUUAAAAGCUUUUGGGGAUUUUUCGUUAAAGACAUGGUUAAUUGGGCUCCAUUCUUCGAUCAUUUGAAGGAAGCGUGGCAAUUGCGAAAUCAUCCUAACAUGCUGUUUUUGUUCUACGAAGAACUUUCCAAGGAUUUGCCCUCGACAGUACAACGUGUAGCGAAUUUCUUGGGGAAGACAAUAACGUCUGAACAACUGACAACGCUUUGUUCACAUCUUAGUAUAGAGAAUUUUAAAAAUAAUCCAUCGAUUAAUCAAGAUGAACUUAAGACUUUGGGUAUGCUGUCAGAAAAGGAAUCCUUUAUCAGGAAGGGUAAAUCAGGAGGCUGGCGUGAUUACUUCGACGAGGACAUGACACGCGAGGCGCAACUCUGGAUUGACAAUAAUUUGCAGGACACGGACAUGCGUUUCCCAACUGUACAAUAAGUACACUAAUUUGUUUAGACAAAAACUUAACGAAAUAAUAAACGUUGUUUACAAGUCA